CCUAUUCAUUUAGACCUAAUUUUCCUAUUCACCUGACACUAUACAUUGUUCCUUCCUUUCUGGCGAGGGGUUCGUAGAGAGAAAUCGUUGGGAGGCUCUUUCGAUCAGUUCCUCUUUUUACUGGCGAUGGGACAAUUUGUUGCCUACUCUGUGUUUUUGGUUAGCUUUGGGUGGUCCUUGAGCUUGCACGUUGGUCACCAAUUCUUUUGCCUGACUCAUGGUACGACCGCGGAGGCAAAUUUGGGUUGGUGGUGUCUCUGGUUGGCUGGUUACGCCCCAAUGACGUGGCGAAUUUGGACCUCGAUGCUGUUCGGGUUGGACCUGGGGAUUCUUUUUUGAGGUUGACAUUCCUGCCAGAGGCGAUUUUUCUGACAUCGAUUUGCUUAUUCGGCCUGGGGAACUGAGGCUUUUGGGUGUUGUUUGGGUGGAAGGUUGCUUUUGCGGUUUGCCUGUGAUUGAUGUAGACGUCGAGGGUGUUUCAGCCAUACUUAUCCAUUGUAAUCAUUUCAUUCUAUUUAAUGAGGAGAGCCACGUCAUUGGGGUGUGCGAAGAUCGAUGCAUGAGUCGUGGGUUUUGCGAAGAAUAACUGGGUCAUUAAGGGGGAGGGGUUCAUUAUUUAGGGGACUUGCUAAGUUGCUAUCCGCCUGGGAUUUACUCUACUUCUGUUCUCGGUUAUCUCCUGGUUUUUGUCUUGGUCGUGAUUUCCUUUGUUGUGGGUUUUGAUGGAUUCGACACUUUUGUGCAACCUGAGAGGGACCAGCCGCGAUGUUACUCUUUGUUUGCGUCUGCUUCACAUGUGGCUUGCUAAAAUGACCUCGGGUUCAAGGAUUUUCAACCAUUGCUGCUUGCGGGUUGGUCAGACGGUGAGUGACGAUUGCAUUCUUCGUUGUAGUUGUUGCAUUUGGUUGCCUGAGCUUUACAGAUGGGUGUUUCGCCCAUGUGUUUACCGUUCAGUGUUUUUUGUUUUUCUUUCUGCCAAGAGCUUUAUGGGGUAAUUGUUUGGGUUGUUGCGGUAGUGUGUUGUGGAUCUCGUAACCUUUUUAUUCCCACCGUUCAAUCCCACCUCCCUUUUCUUUGUGUUUCACAUGUAUGCACUAAUUUUGGGUGCUUUUCGUUGCUUUGAUUUAAGCGUUCUUCGUGGUAUGUUGUGUUUGCAUGUGAAGGGUAUGCUGAUCCAGUCUCUUUCUGAUCCUGAGAUGGCUGCUGAUACAGAACGCUCUCUUCGUGUUGGCAGCAUCUAUAUCAUCAGCCGAUUUGGCCUUCAGUCAUCAAGGGGUCUCUAUCGAGCUUGCUCUUUUGAUCUGACUAUUAAAGUGACGAGGUCAACUGGGUUUCAGCAAUGUACUCUUCCUGUUGCUGGAUUACCUGUUGAUUCUUUUGAGGUUAUGGUGUAUCGCCAACUGCACACAAGAAGUGGCAAUCAUGCUAUUCUCACAGAUGUUAUUGGCCGAUUGCAUUCCAUUGGCGGCAUCAGUCCUCAAGUUACCGAGUUUGGCCCUACGCCUAAACAAAUCUUGGUGCUUGAGAAUCAUUCGUAUGUGUAUAAUGGUGCUCCUUUCUUUCAACUGUUAAGCUUCUUAAUCUAUGCUUGAGAAACAAUUGUUGUCACGCUUUAGAAAGAGUUAACGGCAGUUCUUGAUCGUGCUGCCUUAAUUCAGGCAGAUUUAAUUCAACUUGUUAUAAUUGCUGUAGGGAGCCUUAUGGUCUCUUUGGUGAAUGGUAUGAUGUGUAUUUGUGUUCAUGUCAAAAUUCCUCCUUCACUAUGCAUUGAGGGCUGUCAGGCUUUUCAGCUUCGUUUAUGUUUUCUUUGCUUGGACGUAAUUCUAUGCUUACAGGUUGACUUCAUCACAAAAUCAAAUUUCUGCCAGGCUUAUCAUGUGUAACCUUUAGACAAACUUGAAGACCCAAAAUAUCUAAUGAAACAAUGUGCACUUU